AUGUCUCCUGUUCCUUUUACCAUGCAGCUUCGCUCUGCAACUGCCAGACAAUCAGGUAAACUCGUCCAUCACCACGAGCACAUCAUCGCCAACGGCAGACGCGCUCUGAAGGUCUACUUCAACGACGCACCAGGUAGGCCCAAGUCCCUCGCAUUCUUCCAUCAGCCCCGUCGUGGACUGAAACUGAAGCUGAAACUGGGCAAGGUAACACCCAAGACCACCACUGAGGCCACUGAAGCCCAAGAGUUGGUCGAACCCAAAAAGCUGGUUCAUCACUACGAACACUUGGUUCUGCGCAAUAGACGCGCUCUAAGGGUUCACAUGAACAGCGACCAAGGUAACCCCGAAACACUGACCUUCUUCCACCAGCCUAGAUCUGGCGGCCUGAGGCUAAGACUCGGCAAGCCUCUGAAAACACCUCUGUGCCAACGCCUCUCCGGAGAGCAGACAAGAUCUAUCAAAGACAGAGUUAGGAGACACAGUGGUCAAACAAACAUCCUCAACGACGCCUAUGUCAGCGCAAAAGCCGACCUGCUACUCGCCGCUGCAGAGGAGCAGCAGAUGGAUGGAGGUGAGAUCAAGGUCGAAGACAUCGAGCGCUAA